GACGUAUCAGCUGUUUAUUAUUUACUUUCCCUUAUCUUAAAAAUACAGAUUGCAGACUUAAAAUUCAGUUGACAACAACUCUUUGAUUUCGAAAAUAACUUUGAAAAAACUAUAGUAUGGUUACAAGUUACAAAAAAUGUAUUUUUUUUAACUUGCUAGGAAAUACAUGUACCUAACCUACAAAUUCUAGUCUAGUCAGUAGGCAAUGUCAUCGUAAGUCGUUUGACUUGGCGGUUACAGUGUCGGUUAGAUGUCUGGUAUUUUUAUUUUUCUUUAUUAGUUUAAAAUUUGUUGACAUAUUACGAUUGAAUUAUAUCAUAAAAGAAAUACCAUCAGUAAGCAUUUUAUGUAAAACGUUACAUAUAAUAUUAAAUCCAAAUUUUCCAUUAACUCAAAAUCUUCAAACAACAAUAAUGACUCCCAUAAAAAACAUAGAAAAAGCCUUGGAAGAGUUCACCAUCAUUGACAAAACCUCUUUGGAAGAGGAUAUAUGUUGCACAGUAUGCAACCGUUACCUGAAUGUGCCUCCAAUUAUAUUCAAUUCAAACAUUGGCAAUAUUUGUGGUAGGUGUAACUCUGUGGUCACAACAAACCUGGAGGGUUCUGUACUCCGCCAGCAUGCCUUUGAGGAUUUGAUUAAGAACCUCACAUUUCCAUGUACGAAUAAAAAUUAUGGCUGUGACCAAAUUCUUAAGAUGGUUGAGGUGCCUGAUCAUGAAAAAUCUUGUAGAUUUCAAUGUACAAAUUGUCCACUUUUCUACAAGCAAUUGUUUCCAAAUGAGUUUUGUUCUUGGAAUGGAAAUUCAAACUUGUUGAAUGACCAUUUAAAAACCCAUCAAGAGUUUUUCUUGGAUCCUCCCAAAUUUGAGUGGCCCAAAGAAGGAAAAAAUUUGAUAUUUUUUACCACAGUAGGGAAUCAAAUUUGCACUGUUGUCAUAAAACAUGACAUCAACACUAAGUAUGUGUGUUGUGUUAUGGUGAGUGGGAAUGACUUGGAGGCUCAGUGUUUCAGGUAUCAGUUAGAGCUAAGUGAUGAGGAUAACACUAAUUCCUUAAUAAUAAGGAAAAGUCGCUUAGAGUUAGUUGCAAACUUGGCAGAGAACUUGAGUUGGCCAGAAAAGGUUUUGGAAAUUGACACUGAUAAAAUUGCCGAUAUGUUACAAAAUCCUAAAAAAAUACAAGCUAAAGUCAGUAUAGUCAAGAAACACAAAAAAGAGCUCAUUCAAAUAAUGGGCUUGAAGGAGGAUGACACUGCAAGUGGAAUCCAGAAUAGUGUCAUCCCUGCUGCUCCGAAAGAAAAAAAUGCUAAUCCUGACAGUGAAAUGCUUGCAGAACUAGAAUGUCCAGUUUGUAAUGAGUUUAUGAUACCCCCAAUUUAUAUUUGUAGUACAGGACAUAGCGUUUGCAGUGACUGUAAGGCUAUGGUGCCAAUAUGCCCUUCGUGCAGAAAUACUUUUGCCAAUGGCAGAAACUUUACAUUGGAAAAGUUGACCCAAAAGGUGAAAUAUCCAUGUAAAAAUCGGGAAAUCGGAUGCGGCUUCGUUACUACUUCUGAUAAGAUUAAGAAGCACCAGAACAGCUGUGAAUUAUCUGAAAAUCCCUGUAUUUUGAAAUGUGGAUGGAAAGGUUUAGCUCCAGGCCUUUACAACCACUUCCGGGAAUCCCACCGUGAUCAAAUCAUCGAAAACAACAAAUUCAUCCAGAAAGACAUGAAAAACGACCGAACGCCGCUGCACAACUUCCUUUACGUAAUGGGCGAAAUGUUCUGUUUCACCUACAGAAACUGCGGAAAAUCAGCAGCAAAGUUCAUAGUGCAACACGUGGGAAAUUUAAAGGACGAACCCCAAUACAAAUACAAUAUUACUUUCAGCCCUUCCGCGGACGCUCAAUUUCCCAAUUUGUCCAUGACGUUGGGCUGCGAGACGUGGGAUCCGAAUUUGCCGGAUGCUUUAAACGGAGUACGGGCCGUCAAUGUUCCCGGGGAUUUGUUAAAGAAUUACAUGUUCCAGAACCGGGUUUAUCACGUUAAAGUUCACAUUACUAAAAUUUAACGCUAUAUAGAGGCGCCACCUUUUUUCUUAUUUAUUUUAAGGUGAGAAUUGAGUAGUUAAGUAGUUAAGUUUAUUACGUUUUUUUUUUAAUUAUUUUGAGUUUUCAAUCUUUUUUUUUUAAAUAUUUUUUACCAUUGUCAAGUCCUAAAUGUGAUUAAACAUAUUGUAUUAUUUUUA